CCAAAGCCUACUCUCAUAAAAAGACUUGCCUUAUCUCCAAAGCAAACCCCACUGAUAAUAAAUGUGCUACUGGUUGCCAUUACGGAGACUUUUAUUACAAACUAACUAUUGCCUGUGAAAAUAAGCCCGAAUCAAUGAAUGACCCUUUACCGACUAGUAAAUUGACAACUACUAUAAUGGGAGCCUCAAUUAAAAUCCAAGACACUAAUUUAGAUAUUACUCAAUUAGAGUGUUCAGUGUGCCAUCAGUCCUUUACUAGUCAGAACCAAGAAAACGAUAAUUGGGAA